AUGGGUCGCAGUUCCACCUUUUCCGACAUCCCGCAACGUGCAAUAGACAAUGAAAAGCCAAAAAUCUUACGACAUGGUGCCUUUACUCAAGCCGUACCUUUUAAAGAAGAGAAGUUCCACCGUCACGUGAGUGAUUCCAUUGCUAACAAUUACAGCCCAGCCGCAAGAGAUUUCUCUACGCAUUACAUCUACAAACUUAACAACUCUAGUGAAUAUUCAGAGGCAGGCCGUCCGGAGAAUCUAUCUGGAUUAUCAUAUCAGAAACCUCCUUAUCAAAAUCUUAGGAUUGUCAAGAAAAGAGAUUUAUGGAAUACAUUGUGGAAGCCAAAAGCUCCUGGCUCCUGGAAUGAAGACCAGUAUGAGGCUUUCAGCAAUGCAGCAACCCAGGGAACUGAAUGCAAGACAGAAAAUACUAGUGUAUCAUCCAAUUGCAUGCCUUUCUUUGAUCUUGGACAGAAAAGCCCAGAACCUCUCCCUCCAAUCCUGAAGCAAAUAAAUACUAAGGAGAAGAGGCAUCCCUUGAUUCAGUGCACAGACUCUCAGAGACAGAAAAACCAAGUCGACUAUCAGAACACAAGCACCAAUGAACCUUGUUGGAUUGCAGACUGCAGCAAACACCUGUCUUCUCGUAGGAGUUUCCGAGCUUUUCCAACAUCAUCAGACAAUGCAGAAAGCCUUGGCUUACACAGGCCACUGUCUUUAUCUCAACACAAAGCCAGUCAUUCUACCAGCUCACCUGCAAAAGAAGUGGAGCUGAGAGGGAAUAAACAUCACUCGGUCGUUACUGAAAUCCGUCCCGUCUCUAAGAAUACUCAGAAGAAAAGAAAGACCAUGAAUCUUGAUCCUGCAGUUGAAGACAGGAGAGAACAUGAUGCACCUACCAGAGCAGUAAUCAAUGUGUCGUUUCCCCCAUCAACAUAUUCUACACAUGGCCUCUCAAGACCAGGGACACCCUCAGAAGAACACGUAGAGAGAUAUUACCGGCUUAUUGAAGAUUCCAUCGACCCCUGUAUGGUAACUCCACUUAGUGCAAAAUGGCUUCAGGGGAUCUAUUCACACAUACCGGUAGAACUACGUAAGGUGUGGAACAAAUCCCUUCAGGAUUUAACAAAGGAGGCAGAAGAACAUUAUACAAAUGCUAUAAAGAAGUCCAUAUUAGAUUACCUACUAUUGGAUCCAUUAGAACAAGAGAGGCUCGGGAUUGUAAUUCCUCCAAAAAUAUCUAAUAGUGCUGGACGGGAACACUUUCCUUGGCAUGAAAGUAUGCACGAAGCUCGAGCCAAGUUGGAGAGAAACUUGCACAUCACUCAUCCUGUCAUGUCAGCUAUCCUGUUCAACUUUUAUUCAAAGUAUGACGCCUUUAGACUUUUCGAUUUCAAGAACCUCCUUUCGAUUGUACCAAUGAAGCUUGAUGAUCUCGUUAAUCACAUGACUAAUAUUGCCAAAAGAAAGUCGGAGAUUUUGGAAGAUACAUGGUUGAAAGAUUGUUGUGAUAUUGUAAUUUCAAACAGAGAGGAAAUAGAAAUGGUGAUGCCCCAAGAUGAUGAGGUGUUACGGAGGAAAAAGAUGGAUCAUUUAUUUUGGAGUUUAGCCACACUAAUGUCAAACCUUCUAAGAAAAAUUGUUGAAGCUUCUCUUGCUGACCUGGUGGAAAUGAUUGAAACCUAUGGCAAAGGGAAUCGGUAUGAAGGAAACUAUCUUCCUGAUCAUCUCUGGCGCCCAACUAAACCUCAUCUUGUUUGGAUCUUUAUGAAGCCUUUGUUAAAUGAAUCAUAUGUCAGUAUUAAUCCAUCUAUUGAAGAGAUUGUCUUCGGCUUUGACAAUGUAAUGGAAAGUUUGGUUAUCAGUGUUCAACAGAUGAAAAGAAUUGAAUAUUUUCUCUUCCAGGCUAUAGAUAAUCUGAAAAUCAAAUACAUCAGCUCGGUACAAAUCCAUGAAGAGAUUGUCCUGUCAGCUAAGGCAAGAAUAAAAGCUGUGAUUGAAAACAACAUUCAUGGUCCAAACAGGUAUUGCAUGGUAUACAAGCCUUUUCUCCAUCAGCUUUCGCCUCUCAUGGAAAAGAGAUUGGAAAAGCUAAUAAACAAAGAUGUCAACCUUGGUGUUUAUGGGAGAGAAAUUGACAGUAUGAAAAAGCUGGCAUCGGAUCUCGCUUCUUUGCCAGUAAAUGUGCCCAUGGAGAUGCUGCUGAUGGACUGCUCUGAGAUUAAUCAGCUGAUGAUUGAUCAUACCCGCCAGCUGACUAAUAUCAUAAUUAACAAAGUUGCAACCACAUCUGAGAAGUUUAAUCGAAAAAUUUGCCAGCAGUAUGAUGGCAUUGUCACAAAGAUCUCUACCAUUGCUGGAUCAACCUUUGCUCUUGUGGAACUGCAGAACUAUGUAGACAAGCUACGAAGUGUUGAGCUUCUGGAGAUUAAGGAUAAACUAGCAGUGGCUGCAGAAAAUCUCUUUUUCCUUUUGGAGUAUGCAUCUUUGUCUAAAGAAGACAUUAUCCUAAAUGGCAAUACCUUUUCCUGGCCUGAGAGGAUAAUGCCCAUCAUUACAAGCAGUGAGACACGACUGCAGAGGGAGCAUGACGGAGCUCUUCUUAAGCUGUCUCGAUGGCAGAAGGAGUUCACUGAGCGCAUAGCUGAUGUAGCCAUUGAGGUGAAAGAAUUUCAGAAGAAAGAACGGAUGUCAGAAGCCAGUGCCUAUGUACAGAAACUCAACACCAUCAACGGGAAAAUACAGGAGUUUAUUGAAGAGAGGGCAAGAAUAAAUCAAGAGGAGCAGCUUCUUGAAACUGGACAGAUAACAUCAUUCCACCAAAUUCAAGAAAUUUGUAAAGCAAAGGAGCCUUAUGAGAGACUAUGGACCACUGUAGUUCACUUUACCAGGUGUUAUGACAAAUGGAUGAAUGGCCCACUGCUAAAAGUCAAUGCAGAGGAAGUGCAGGAGGAGGUGCAGAGUUUAUGGAAGACAAGUUACAAGUUGACAAAAAUGUUUUAUCAUCCGGACUCACAUGGACCUAUGAAAAUAGCUACCACCGUUAAGACUCGUCUCGAAAAGUUUAAACUCAAUAUGUCUAUUGUAUCAGCUUUGUGUACACCGGGGAUCAAAGCAAGACACUGGAGCGUAAUGAGUGAAAAGGUUGGGUUUAACAUCAUUCCUCAUGAAGGCAUCUCUCUUCAGGAAGUUUUACAACUUGGCCUUGAAAAAUACCUUGAUGAUUUAAGCCAUAUCAGUUCUCAAGCCAGCAAGGAAUAUGCUCUGGAAAAAGCCCUUAAUAAAAUGAAGGCGGAUUGGGAGAAUGUCUGCUUUAUAUUUAUACCCUACAAGGACAGCAAUACCUACGUCCUGGCAGCUGUGGAUGAGAUUCAGGUUUUGCUAGAAGAUCACAUUGUGAAGACUACAACCAUGAAAAGCUCUCCGUUUAUUGCACCAUUCGAAAAAGAAAUAUUAGCAUGGGAGGCUAAGCUGGGGCUUUUGCAAAACAUUUUGGAUUCUUGGCUAAAUGUUCAGAUGGCCUGGCUGUAUCUAGAGCCUAUUUUUGGGUCAGAGGAUAUACGUAACCAAAUACCGAUAGAAGGAAAGAAAUUUGAAAUUGUUGAUGCAAACUGGAGGCUAAUAAUGAAGGAGUCUGUAGAGGAGGCCAGUGCCAUGAGGGUUAUCUCACGGCCCCAGAUGCUGGAUAACUUGAAGGAAGCAGAAUUGCUUUUGGAUGACAUUCAGAAAGGUCUGAAUGAUUAUUUAGAGAAGAAAAGACUAUUCUUCCCAAGAUUUUUCUUCUUGUCCAACGACGAGCUACUGGAAAUCCUGUCAGAGACAAAGGAUCCCCUGAGAGUCCAACCACACCUUAAGAAAUGUUUUGAAGGAAUCGCAAAGCUGACAUUUAACGCAAAUAAUGAAAUUACGCACAUGGAGUCACCGGAACGUGAAAAGGUUGAACUUGUGCAGAAAAUAAUUCCAGCCAAUGCCAAGGGGCUAGUUGAGAAAUGGCUUCACGAGGUGGAGAGAUCCAUGAAAGAUUCACUUCAUGAAGUUAUGACCCAGGCUAUCAAUGCUUACACUGAAACUCUAAGAAAGGAGUGGGUUUUACACUGGCCUGGGCAAGUGGUCCUUGCAUCCAGCAUGGUACAUUGGACCAUGGAAGUAUCAAAGGCUAUUUUGCAAAAGGAUGGACUGCAAGCCUAUCUGAAGCAAAGCAACAAACAGAUUGAAGACAUUGUCAGUUUAGUAAGAGGACGCUUAACGAAAAUGGAACGUAUUACACUUGGUGCUCUUAUCACCAUUGAUGUCCAUGCUCGAGAUGUGGUCCACAGUUUGCACAUUCGUGAACUGGCCAGUACUUCUGAUUUCAGCUGGAUUUCACAACUGAGAUAUUACUGGGAAGAUAAAAACGUUGUUGUACGCAUGGUCACCACAACAGUACUUUAUGGAUAUGAAUACUUGGGCAAUUCAGGAAGACUUGUCCUCACUCCACUUACUGACCGUUGCUUCAGAACCUUAAUGGGAGCACUUCAGCUCAAUCUUGGUGGGGCUCCAGAAGGACCAGCUGGAACUGGGAAGACAGAAACCUGCAAAGACUUGGCUCGAGCAGUAGCUAAACAGUGUGUUGUUUUUAACUGCUCGGAUGGACUAGACUAUAAAGCCAUGGGGAAAUUCUUCAAAGGUCUGGCACAGUCUGGAGCUUGGGCAUGCUUUGAUGAAUUUAAUCGUAUUGAGCUGGAGGUACUUUCUGUAGUCGCCCAACAGAUUCAAACGAUUCAAAGGGCAAUAUCGGAACAGGCAGAAACAUUUAUGUUUGAGGGCACUGAAAUACGCUUGGACUCAUCAUGUACAGUAUUUAUCACCAUGAAUCCUGGAUAUGCAGGAAGAGCUGAACUGCCAGAUAACUUGAAGGUUUUGUUCCGAACUGUGGCCAUGAUGGUUCCUGACUAUGCUUUAAUCGCUGAAAUCUCGCUGUAUUCAAUGGGUUUUGUUGAUGCCCGGAGUCUUGCAGCUAAAAUUGUAGCUACAUAUAGGCUAUGCUCUGAGCAGCUAUCUUCACAGCACCACUAUGAUUAUGGAAUGAGGGCAGUAAAGUCAGUGUUAACAGCUGCUGGAAAUCUAAAGGUUAAAUGUCCACAUGAAAAAGAGGAUGUACUAAUGCUUCGAUCAAUUCGUGACGUCAAUCUUCCAAAGUUUCUGUCCCAUGACAUUCCGCUUUUUGAUAGCAUCAUUUCUGACCUGUUUCCUGCGGUUGUUUUACCAACUUCUGACCACGGCAGCCUGGAUGUGUCCAUCAGGGAAAUUACAGAGAAAAUGAAUUUGCAGCCAGUCCCUUGCUUCAUCAAGAAGAUAAUACAAAUCUAUGAAAUGAUGUUGGUCCGCCAUGGCUUCAUGUUAAUUGGAAGUCCUCUUGGGGGAAAAACAUCUGCCUUGAAAGUUCUUGCUGGAGUUUUACAGGACUUGGAGAAAAAAGGUUUAAUGGAUGAGCAUGGAGUGGAUUACGUUUUCAUAAAUCCCAAGGCUAUAACCAUGGGGCAGCUGUACGGAAGCUUUGAUUUGAUUUCUCAUGAAUGGAGUGAUGGCAUUUUGGCCAAUGUAUUCCGAAAUCAAGCGACGAGCAUGACAAAGGGACGGAAAUGGUGUAUAUUUGAUGGACCAGUGGAUGCAGUGUGGGUAGAAAAUAUGAACACAGUUCUAGACGAUAACAAGAAGCUUUGUCUCAUGAGUGGAGAAAUAAUUCAAAUGAGUUUGCAACAAAACGUGAUUUUUGAAGUUCUGGAUCUUGAGCAGGCAUCUCCUGCGACUGUCAGUAGAUGUGGAAUGAUCUACAUGGAAGCGAAGGACCUGGGAUGGGAGCCAUUAAUGGAAUCAUGGCUGAAGACUAAACUACCAGCCAAGCUUAGUGUGGAGGAAUGCCAAAUUGUCCAGACAAUGUGCAGAUGGCUACUCUCUGCAAGUUUGGACUUUGUUGAAAAGAAAUGUAAAUUUGUGAUUCAGACAUCUCCACUGCAUCUGACCAUGUCUGCACUAAAGCUCUAUGAAUGUUUGCUGUCAAACAUGAGUUCUGCAGAGACUGGGACUGAUAAUGAGGAUGAAGCUAUUGAUAUUUCAGAAGAGACAAAUGCUCAAAGUUAUCACAUUGUUAGUAAAAGAAUGAAGGAAGAGGUUAUAAAUGAAAUUGUGGCUCAUGGUUUCUUUUCUGUCAUCUGGUCAGUUGGUGGAGUUCUCACCGCAGAGUCCAAACAAAGCUUCAGUGAAUUUUUAAAAAACAUAUGUGAGAAGGAUUCCCCCUAUCCAAAGCCCACAGGUCUUCAGAUCCCAAGAUCUAUACAGCUUCCCAAAGGAGAAAGUAUAUAUGACAUUAUCUAUUUAAAGAAGACAUUCUCAUCGUGGUGUCUAUGGAAAGACCUAGUUGUACCAAACAACGUUGAAGAUUUUGUUAAGACAGAUGAAAAGGACAUGCAACUGAUGCUUAAUGACAUUAUAGUGAGUACACCUGGGACAGCCAUGCAGAUGUACUUCCUGGAGACAUUGCUGCUUCAAGACAAGCCGAUACUUUUUGUUGGCCCCACGAGCACGGGGAAGACAGCUAUUACAAACAGCUUCCUGAGACACUUACCUCAAGAAAAAUAUGUUACAUGUCAAAUUAACUUCUCAGUGCAGACUUCAGCUAAUCAGACCCAAGACAUCAUCCUAUCAAAACUCGAAAGACGAAAGAAGAGAGUUUACGGUGCUCCACUGGGGAAACGGGCUUUUGUCUUUGUUGAUGACCUAAACAUGCCUGCCAAGGAGAAAUAUGGAGCCCAGCCUCCCAUUGAACUGCUGAGGCAAUGGAUUGACCACGGCUAUUGGUUUGACAGGAAAGAUACAAGUAUGACACAUAUCAAGGACACAUCUAUUGUCUUAGCCAUGGCUCCACCUGCUGGAGGAAGGAAUGCAAUUACACCUCGUCUUCUGAGACAUUUCAACGUAUUAUCAAUAGAUGCUUUCAAUGAUGAAACUAUGAAGAGCAUAUUUCAGCCUCUUACUGACUGGCAUUUUAACCGUGGAUUUGAUAUAUCUCUGAAGAGAUAUUCAAGAAUUCUGGUUUGGGCUACGAUGGAUGUGUACAGACAAGUGUCAACAUCAUUUCUUCCAAUGCCUUCAAGGGCUCACUACAUAUUCAGCUUAAGAGAUAUUUCGCGGGUUAUCCAGGGAAUUAUUCUUUUGAAACCUGGACAAGUACCCCCAGGUACUGAUGGAGCUCAGAAACUAAUGAGACUUUGGAUUCAUGAAGUCCACAGAGUAUUUGGUGAUAGACUUGUUAGCAGUCAAGACAGAAAAAUGUUCUUUCAGAUUGUGAAGAAUACCGUGCAGUCUCAGUUUAAGGAGAAAAUGACCCAUCUCUUCAGGCACAUGGUUGUUGGUAGAGAAAUACAGGAUGAUGACAUGCGUAGUCUUGUUUUUGGUGAUUACCUUAUAUCCAAAAAUGCUGAAAAAUCAGAGAAAAAUUACAAUGAAGUUGUGGAUAUGGAUGAACUUAAAAAUUGCAUACAGCAUUGCUUGCAGCAAUUCAAUGCUAAUAGUAAAACUCCCAUGGAUCUGGUAAUGUUUCAAUUUGCCAUUGAACAUAUUUCUCGAAUAAGCAGAAUUCUGAAACUUCCUUGUGGGCAUGCUUUGCUUAUUGGGAUUGAAGGAACUGGUCGACAGUCUGCAACAAAGCUUGCCACAUUCAUGGCAGAAUAUGAGCUAUAUCAAGUUAGUAUUCAGAAAUCAUACACGGUUAGCGAAUGGAGAGAGGAUGUGAAAACAGUUUUGAAAGCUGCAGGACAAAAUGGGACUCCAACUGUGUUUCUGUUUGCUGAUCAUCAAAUAAAGGAUGAGUCAUUUUUGGAAGACAUCAACAUGAUCCUGAGCACUGGUGAAGUUCCUACCCUGUUUAAUAAUGAAGAAAAACUGGAAGUCAUCGAAAAGAUGUGUCAGCUAUUGCCAGCUAAUGAAUUACAUACUGAAGAUACUCAGUCUGACUUGUACAGUAAAUUUAGGAGUCGUGUCAGGAGAAACUUGCACGUUGUACUGGCAUUCAGCCCUACCGGAGAAGCAUUUCAGCACCAUCUUCGUAGUUUUCCAGCGCUGGUCAACUGCUGUACGAUUGAUUGGUUUAAGGCAUGGCCUGAAGAUGCUCUUGAGAAGGUGGCAAAUCAUUUUCUUGAUGAUGUGGAAAUGUCACAGGAAAUCAGAAAUGAAGCUGUGUUCAUGUGUCAGCACUUCCAUCAAAGUGUUGUGGCGCUCUCUGAAAGGUUUUUAGAAUCACUGCAAAGGCAUAUCUACGUCACCUCAACAUCCUACCUUGAAUUAAUCAAGACCUUUAAGAAUCUCUUGGAACGUAAAAGACUUGUGUUGUUAACCAGCAAAAACAGAUAUAUGGUUGGACUUGAAAAGUUGGAUUUUGCAUCUUCCCAAAUAGCAAUCAUGCAACAAGAGUUGACAGAGCUCAAGCCAAUGCUGAUUGAACGAAGCAGAGAGACUGAAGAGUUGGUAAACAUCAUCGCAGAUGAGACUUUAGAUGUGGAAGCAGUUAAAAGUUUAGUUGAAGCAGAUGAGGCUGUGGCUAACAAGGCAGCUCAGGAAGCCAAAGCUAUUAAGGAUGAAUGCGAGCAGAAGUUAAGCAUUGCCAUACCAGCCCUCAAUGCUUCUAUUGCUGCACUGGAUACAUUAAAAGCCAGUGAUAUCACACUUCUAAAAACCAUGCAGAACCCUCCCUCCGGAGUUCGUAUUACCCUGGCUGCCAUCUGCAUCUUGAAGGGAAUUAAACCAGAAAAAAAACUGGAUCCGAACGGAAAAACGAUUGACGAUUUUUGGCCUGCUUCCAAAAAGAUGCUUGGAGAUAUGAAGUUUUUAGACUCGCUCAAGGAAUUUGAUAAAGACAAUAUUCCUCCAAAGGUUAUCUCCCAAAUAAGAAGGGAUUUUAUCAGUAAUCCGGAGUUCCAGCCAGCUGUCAUUAAGAAUGUCUCCUCAGCCUGUGAAGGUCUUGGUAGCUGGGUCAGGGCUAUUGAAGUAUAUGACAAGGUUGCCAAGAUUGUUGCUCCAAAACGUCAACGAUUGGAAGCAGCAGAAGCUGACCUUAAGAUUCACAUGGAAAAAUUAAAAAUAAAAAGGGCUGAACUAAAGGAUGUGAGUGCCAAACUGCAAGUUCUACAAGAACAAUUGUCUCAAAAACUGUCUGAAAAGAAAAUUCUGGAAGAGAAUAUUGAAUUAACCAAGUUAAAACUGGAUCGAGCAGAGAAACUAAUUAGUGGACUCGGAGGAGAAAAAGAACGUUGGGCAAAUGUUGUCUUGCAACUGGAAGAUACUUAUCAAAAUAUAGUUGGAGACUUGCUACUAAGUGCUGGUAUCGUGGCAUAUUUGGGACCUUUUACGCCCGAAUUCAGACAGGAAAUAUUAAAAAAUUGGUUCGAUAUGUGUAAAGACAAACGCAUUCCUGUCUCUGAUGGAUUUGCACUCUUCAGCACUUUAGGAGACCCUGUGAAAAUAAUGGAAUGGCAAUUUUAUGGGCUGCCAAAAGAUAAUUUCUCUACAGAAAACGCCAUCAUCGUGAUGUCAUCUCAACGUUGGCCUCUCAUGAUUGACCCACAAGGUCAAGCAAACAAAUGGAUAAAAAAUAUGGAAAAGACGAAUAAAAUUCAAGUCUGCAAAGCAUCUGAUGCCGACUACCUUAGGACACUUGGGAAUAGCAUCCAGUUUGGGACACCUGUGCUAAUUGAAAAUAUCACAGAAGAGCUUGAUCCAAUUUUGGAGCCUGUGCUGUUAAGACAGACAUUUAAACAAAGUGGAAUGGAGUACAUUCAACUCGGAGAGGCUGUAAUUCAUUAUAGCAGGGAUUUUAAACUCUACAUGACCACCCAUCUACGAAAUCCUCAUUACCUUCCCGAAGUGUCUGUCAAAGUUACUCUAAUCAAUUUCAUGAUCACACCAAUAGGCCUGGAAGACCAACUGUUAACCAUACUUGCUGCCGAAGAAAAACCCAAUUUAGAAGACAAGAAGAAUCAACUUUACCUAGAAGGAGCAAAAACUAGGAAACAGUUGAAAGAAAUAGAAGAUCAGAUCUUGGAAGUAUUAUCUUUGUCACAAGGAAACAUCCUGGAGGACGAGAGAGCUAUUGACAUUCUAUCCUCCAGCAAGACGUUAUCCCAGGAGAUCCUUGAGAAGCAAGAAAUUACAACGAAGACAGAAAGGCAAAUUGAUGAAACCAGAGAUGGCUACAGACCUGUUGCAAACCAUUCCAGUGUCAUAUUUUUUGUUAUUUCCGAUCUGGCUUAUUUGGACUCAAUGUACCAGUAUUCCUUGGCUUGGUUUAUUAAUCUAUAUAUUAAGGCCAUCAAUAAAAGCGACCCAUCGCAAAAUCUGCAAGAAAGGAUAACGAAUCUCAAUGACUAUUUCACAAACAGUAUUUUUGAGCACGUCUGUCGAUCUCUCUUUGAAAAGCACAAAUUACUCUUUUCAUUCUUACUAUGUGUGGGCUUUCAAAAGAACAAAGGACUGGUAAACAAUGACGAGUGGUACUUCCUUCUUACCGGUGGUGUGGCACUUGGUAUUCCGCGACCCAACCCUGAUUCCACAUGGCUUAAAGAAAAAUCUUGGGGUGAAAUCUUACGCCUUUCUACCUUACCAUCAUUCACUGGAUUUGAUGAUCACUUCUGCUCAAAUAUUAUUGAAUGGAAAAAGAUAUACGAUUCCUCCCUCCCUAAUGAGGUAGAACUUCCAGAGCCAUGGGAAGAUAUACUUACUGGUUUUCAGAAAUUGUUGGUUAUCCGGUGUAUACGACCUGACAAGGUCAUUCCUGCUGUUCAACAGUUUGUCACUGAUAAAAUGGGUCAAUCCUAUGUGGACCCUCCGACAUUUGAUCUACAAUGCAGUUACAUGGACUCUACAUCCAGUACACCGCUAAUAUUUAUCCUUUUUCCUGGAGCUGACCCGUUGGAGAUACUGAUGAAAUUUGCAGAAGAACAAGAAAUGAGUGGCAUUAAUCUUCAGACAAUAUCACUUGGUCAGGGUCAAGGACCUAUUGCUCGAAAAAUGGUUGAAAAGGCGGCCGAAGAUGGCACGUGGGUAAUUCUCCAAAAUUGCCAUCUAGCUACUAGUUGGCUCGCUGACCUUGAGCAAAUUUGUGAAGAAGUCAUUUCAGAUCCUGAAAAAACCAAACCCACAUUCCGCUUGUGGCUGACCAGUUACCCGUCACAAAACUUUCCUGUAUCAGUUUUGCAAACUGGAAUAAAAAUGACCAAUGAGCCCCCAAAGGGAUUAAGGGCAAAUCUGCUGAAAUCCUAUCUCAGUGACCCAAUUUCCAACCCUGUUUUCUUCAAUGGCUGCAAUAAACCUCAGGUGUGGAAAAAGCUCUUGUUUGGACUUUGCUUUUUCCACGCACUUGUCCAAGAACGACGUGCCUACGGGUCUCUUGGAUGGAACAUAUCAUACGAAUUCAAUGAUGCUGACCUCAAAAUCAGUGCUAAGCAGCUUCAGAUGUUUCUCAAUGAAUAUGAUCACGCGCCACUUGAUGCUAUCAGUUAUCUUACUGGAGAAUGCAACUAUGGCGGAAGGGUAACAGACAAUCAUGACAGACGCCUUCUUCUAAGCUUGCUUGACACAUUUCUCUGUGAUGCUGUGAUUUCUCAAGACAACUACAAAUUUUCUCCCAGUGGCAAGUAUUUUACCCCAAAGGAUGGAACUCAUGAAAGCUAUCUAGAAUACAUCAAAAGCCUGCCUCUUAACACUGAUCCACAGGUAUUUGGACUACACGACAAUGGAAAUAUCACUAAAGAGCAGAGGGAGACAGCAGAAUUGUUUGAUGGGAUUUUAACAACGUUACCAAAACAGGCAAGUGCAGCUGGAAAAUCAUCAUCGGAAAUCGUGCAGGAACUUGCAGCUGAUAUCCUGGAGAAGAUCCCGGCAGAUUUUAAUGCAGAAGAAGUCAUGAUCAGAUAUCCCACUCAAUACACAGAAUCUAUGAACACAGUUCUGGUUCACGAGUUAUUGAGAUUUAACAGUUUGACCUCUACUAUUCGUAAAAGCCUACAAGAAUUAACAAAAGCCAUUUCUGGCCUAUCUGUGAUGUCACCCGAACUGGAUGAUUUGUUCAGCAGCAUGAUUGUUGGUAAAGUCCCUGCUUUGUGGUCUGCUAAAUCCUAUUCUUCAUUGAAGCCUUUGGGCAGCUAUAUUACAGACCUUGUGCAAAGACUGGAUUUCUUUAAGGAAUGGAUUCAAAAGGGAACACCAAAGGUCUUUUGGAUUUCAGGAUUUUUCUUUACCCACUCACUUCUAACUGGAGCACUGCAAAAUUAUGCUAGGAAAUACAAGACUCCAAUUGACUUGCUGGGGCUUCAGUUUAAUGUGACACAGUAUGAGAAUACUCAUGAAAUUGACAGCUCUCCGCUUGAUGGUAUUUACAUCAAUGGUCUUUACAUAGAAGGGGCAAGAUGGGAUCGAGAGAACCAUGUGAUUUCCGAAUCUUUCCCAAAAGUACUUUAUGAGAGUAUGCCAAUUAUUUGGUUAAUCCCGGGUGAAAAAAGGGCUGAAAUUAAUUCGUUCUAUGCUUGUCCAGUUUACAAGACAAGUGCUCGACGUGGUGAACUUUCCACGACUGGGCAUUCAACAAACUAUGUGUUAACAAUACACUUAGCAACAGAAGAACUUCCAAACCACUGGGUGAACAGAGGAGUUGCUUGUCUCUGCCAAUUGGAUUAUUAGGUGUACAACUAAAAUACACAAAAAAUAUUCUUGUGAAGUUGGACCACUA